CUUACGCGGGUGUACGAGGCACACAAAAAAGCCCACGCAGCUGCUUUCCGUUUCCCCCAAGCGCGAGAGCUCACACCACUUGCCGCUUGGAGCGGCCUGGCACAACUCUCAUGAUGGCCACUUAGCUCGAAUUCACACGGAAAGCAAACUUUUUUCCCCCCUCAGCCACCUGUUUUCAUGUGCUUCAUGUGUCUGCGCUCCACGGUGAGGUAGCGUAAGAGUUUUUUUUUUUUUUUUUUUUUUUUUAAAUUCCCUUUUCAUACGCUCGUGACAGACCACCGUCCCGUGCCGUGGAUGUUAUUUCCCGGCUCGUUUUUCGACGUGGCUCCGGUUGUUUCCGAGUGGACGAGGAGCAUAUGUGCGGAGAUGCUGCUGCUGGUGCCCGUUCUGUGGCUACUGCCUCUGAGCCUAGCGGCUCCCCCGCAGACCGAGCGGGAGGACACGGGGGUGGACUGGCUGAGCAAGUUUGGUUACCUUCCACCCCCUGACCCAGUUACAGGCCAACUUCAGACCAAGGAGGCCUUGACCAAGGCCAUUAAAGCCAUGCAGAAGUUUGGAGGCCUCAAGGAGACUGGAGUUUUUGAUCAAGCUACAUUGGGUCUAAUGAAAACACCCAGAUGUUCUCUGCCAGAUGUGUCUGAAAGUGAAGUGACAGUGGGCCGCAGAAAACGUAGUCCGAGUCCUCCCAACAAAUGGAAAAAGCGGCAUUUAUCCUGGAGAGUGAGGACGUUCCCAAAGGACUCAGCCUUACUGGGCAGGGACACCGUUCGAGCCCUCAUGCACUACGCCCUGAAGGUCUGGAGUGACAUUGCACCACUUAACUUCCACGAGGUGGCAGGACGUGACGCCGACAUUCAGAUCGACUUCGCUAAGGCCGACCACGAUGACGGAUAUCCCUUUGACGGGCCAGGGGGCGCCGUGGCCCACGCUUUUUUCCCUGGAGAGAGGUUCACCGCUGGAGAUACGCACUUCGAUGACGACGAGGCUUGGACCUUCAGGUCACCAGACUCUCAGGGGAUGGACCUGUUUGCAGUCGCCGUCCACGAGUUUGGUCACGCCAUCGGCCUGGUCCACACCUCAGCCAUGGAGUCCAUCAUGAGACCGUACUACCAGGGUCCUGUCGGAGACCCUCUGAAGUACAACUUACCAUAUGAAGACAAGGUUCGCGUCUGGCAGCUGUAUGGUGUCCGUGACUCCGUUUCGCACACAAAUCAGCCAGGCAACCCUUCCCAAACGGCCGAGCCUCCUGUCCUGAUGGACAUUCCAGAAAACAAAUCCGUUCUGCAACUGGCGCGAGAUGCUCCAGACAGAUGCACCAGCUACUUUGAUGCGGUGGCCCAGAUACGAGGGGAGGCCUUUUUUUUCAAAGGAAAGUACUUUUGGCGGCUCACUCGAGAGAAGCACCUGGUGUCGCUGCGUCCGGCUCAGAUCCACUGGUUCUGGAGGGGCCUGCCCGCCAAUCUGGACAGCGUGGACGCCGUGUACGAGAGACCUGGCGACCAUAAAAUAGUCUUUUUUAAAGGUCUCAAGUACUGGGUGUUUAAAGACAAUGUCAUGGAGGAGGGUUACCCGCGUCCAAUCAGUGACUUCGGCCUGCCUUUGGAUGGCGUGGACGCGGCAUUUGUGUGGCUUCACAACGAGAAGACCUACUUCUUCAAGGACAACCGUUACUGGCGCUACGACGACCACCUGAGGCGCAUGGAUCUGGGGUACCCUAAAGACAGCACGCUGUGGAAGGGCCUGCCACCACAACUGGAUGAUGCCAUGAGGUGGUCUGAUGGUUCGUCGUACUUCUUCAAGGGGAAGGAGUACUGGCGCGUACCGAGCAGCGACAUGGAGGUGGAGGGGGACUACCCUCGCCUCAUCGCCAAAGACUGGCUGCUGUGCACCGACAUGCAAUCGGAUUCGCCGGGCGCGGAGGCCAAGAGCACCGAGAGCCGAGCCAACGCGAACCCUCGCCCGGACCACGCCGAGAACGGCUACGAGGUGUGCUCCUGCACCUCGGACGGCGCCUCGCCUUUCGGGGCCCGGCCCUCGCCGUCCCCCUUGUGGCUGCUGCCGCCCCUCUGGACGCUCUCGCUGGCCCUUGGCCCUCUACCGCUAUGAUGCCAAAAAAACCCAAGACAUUUUGAUUAGAUUAUAUAAUAGUUUUGUUGUUAUUUAUUGCACAAUCCUUAUAGCAGUUUCUUAUGGUUUUGGAGCAUUCGGAUGAAGUACUACACUUUUGCUUGAACAUUUUGGCUCCCCAACACAAAAUAUUUUUCUUUUACAUCCAGGAAGGAAAAAAAGACAAGGGCUUUUUUGGAUGUACUGUACCAACAUUGAGCCUCAACUGUUAUUUUCAUACAAAUGAGUGUUUAAGUCCUUUCGAGGAACACUUUGUUUUAAAGUAAGAAGUACUGUAUAGCACUGGGUAGUAGCUGCAGUGUGUUUGUUGAAUUUCAAGAGCUACGAACAACACUGGUAGGGGUUACCUUUCAUAAGCACGGACCGGUAUAGCAAAAUGUUGGGGCGUUUUUUUCUGUUCAAAAAAGGACAACUGUUUAGAAGUAAAACAAAAAGCUAAAAAAAAAAAUCAUCGACACAAUGGAACUCUUAGGAUUGAACACAAUCCAAUGUUGUUUUCAGAUUUCUAAAUAUUUUUACCCAUAAGAAACAAUGGAAAUAUAAAUGAUCGGUUUCAGAGCUGGGAUUCAAACCCCCGACUGGGAGACAAAUGUUCUAACUGCCCAAUGAAAACAAUUUUCUCUAAAUUUACUUUGUGAGUUAUUUUCAUUUAAUCCUCCUGAAGAGGACAAAAAAACAAGAAACACUGAUUUUCGGAUCUACAAACAAAACUCCUGAAACUUGGAUACAUGGGAUUUCUUAAGAUCUGUUUUGGAAUGCUGGUUGUGAAUUUCCAAAAAUCUUCACACCCUGGACUGGUCAAUGUUCAAAUGCAGGUUCAUGUCGCAAUCUCAUUUUUUAAAAUGUAUAUAAAAAAAUAAGGAGUCAGCACUUUUAAUCAUAAAACACAAAAGCCAAACACUUUACCUUAAAGGGAAGUUUGCCAUUUUCAAAAAAAAAAAAAACUCGUAUUUGUUAAAACAGUCAUGAUUGGCUCCAUCUUGUGCCUCGAAUUGUAAAUUGCAAAUGUUUCCUCUAACUUUGACGACAACUGACGACGCUACUUCUGUUGUAAAUUCUUCUCUUAAUACUUGUUCGAGUCUGUUCCUACAAACAAAAGCAAAGCAUUGUGGGAGAUAGCGAGCUGCUUUGCCGAUGACAAACAGAUGCGUUACUGCAAGGUUGUUUCUGAUUGUUUCAUUUUUCAUAUAAAUUCCGUUUGUAUGCGCGCUAAGCACUCAAUCAACAGAAGUCCAAACGUGUGCCAGGAGAACAUCUGCCGUCAGCUUUUGCAGCCGGGCCGCCAACUUUCAAAUGGCGGCGCAGGGAAAACUGCUAAAACUGCUUCAACUGCUCCCCUGUUCAGUUUUUCCUGGCGGUGAUCAUUUCCACAUCUGCUUCAACGUUUUUUUGUUGUUGUUAUUCUCCAUCGUCAAGGUGACAGCACUGCGCCUGUAAAGCUCUAUUUGUCGUUUAGACUGUCAUAUUUGUCUUGCGGGGUUGUGCACUUAGAGAGAGAGAGAAAAACAAGUGUAUAUUUUAAGUUGCAUUUUGUAAUGUAAACUAUUUUUAUAGAAAAAUAAAUGUACA